AUGUGGGUUACGGGCGCUGGCGUCGGCGCCCGACUGGGCGAGCGCCCAAAUCGACAGGCAGGGGGGGCGCCAGCCACGGGCGUGGCGAGGCCGCCGGCGCCCACGACGCCGGCCAAGGGAGGCGGCGGAGGGCGGCGCCACGGGAGGGACCGCGACAGGGUGGAGCAAGCGGUGACGGGCGUUCAGCGCGGCAAGGCCCCGCGCGAGAGGAAGGGCACGGCGAGGCAAACGGUGGGCGUAGCCGGGCGCGGCCACCGCGCGUGUGAGGAGGUGCGGGGCGAGCAAGGCGCGCGUGCGGGUCGUGGCCCGCGGGAGCAGCAGCAUGGGGGAAAGGGGAGGAGAGGGGAGGCUCACGAGGGCCGUAGGGAAAGGGCAGCAGGCUCGGGGUCGGCCGGUGUGGAGGAGACCGUGGACGGGGCGGCGCCGGCGUGGUCGACGGCGGCAGGGACGACGAGGUUCGGCGACGUAGGGGGCGGCUUCGGGCGACGGUGA